UCGCGAACGCAAUACCAGCCAUUUGGGGAUAGUUCGAGGUUUUCCCUUCCAGACUGUUUGGUUGGGGGUGUCCUCUUCUUCUUGCUUUUUGCCCUCUGUUCUCUUUCGAUCGAUUCUGCUCUCGGCUCUUGUUAAGUAAUUAAUUAAAGAAAUUCUAAAAUUCUCAAUCUAUCAACCCUUCUCUAACGUGUAAUUUAUAUUAGCAAUUUUUAAAUUACCAUUAAUUUAACAUAUAUUUAGAGACGGCAUCGCCCUGGCGAUCCUCUGUUCCUCGGCGCUUUCUGGAAAGAUUUCUUCUUUUUCCUACCUCUUUCUUUUGCUUUGGGCAAGUUCCGGUUCUUCUUUCUAAAAAGCUUUUGAUUUUUUUUUUUCUGCCUUUCGUCACUGUUACUCUGUUAAAAAGCUCCCCCUUUUCCUCUCACGCAUCUGGAGCUCCAUCUUCGCUUCUCCAUUUUUCUUUUUCCUUCUGAGGUAUUUUAAAAGACAGUGGGGGAAUAAAUUCCAUCUACAUGUACGAGGAUUCCGGCUUAAAAUAUUUGGGACAACACUCUUUCUCUCUCCUUCUGGCGUUUCAAGAUUUCACCUGCCAUUCGCUCACUGGUCGCCAUUGAUAGGAACUCUGUGCAAGUUUCCCUUUUGUUUUUUUCUCUCUCUCUUUCUCUCUGUUUCUGGGGUUUCAAGAUUUCACCUGCCAUUCAUCCACUGGUCGCCAUUGAUAGGAAAUCUGUGCAAAUUUUCGUUUUUUUUUUUUUUUUUUUUUUUUUGUUCUCUCUCUUUCUCUCUCUCUUGGGAGCUGCUUUUUGCUUGCCGGAGCUGAACUGGAUCUCAAGAUCACUCCUUUUCCGUUCCGACGCCAUCGCCGCUCCAGAUUCACAAAAGGGUGUGCGCCGAUUUGUUGUCGGAUCCGGAGCAUGUGAAGCAAUGCCCUCAAAUCAUACGUAUUAGGCCUCGCAAUUUGGUUCCCUGAAAAUGGGAUCUCAAGUCGGUGGUUUUGGUGGCGGCAUCGGCGGCGAGACCGCAGGGCGGCCGCUGUCGAGGCAAGGGUCUCUCUAUGGCCUCACGCUCGAUGAGGUCCAGAACCAACUGGGGGGUAUGGGGAAGCCACUGGGGAGCAUGAAUCUUGACGAGCUUCUCAAGAGCGUGUGGAGUGUGGAGGCCAAUCAAGGCCUGAAUAUGGGCGCUGCCGAGCCCGAGAGCACGCAAUCCGGCCUAUUCGCUCCGCUGCAGAAGCAGCCGAGCUUCACACUCUCGAGGGCUCUUAGCAAGAAGACUGUUGAUGAGGUGUGGAAAGAUAUUCAACAGGGCGAGAUUGAUGAUGGUAGUAAUAAGAGCAAGAAGAAGAAGAAGGAUAGCGGUCUUGGUGACCGAGAUGCAAAGCCUUCCUUGGGUGAGAUGACACUUGAGGACUUCUUGCACAAGGCAGGAGUGGUGGCUGAAUCUCCUGUGAUCAACAAGAAUGGGAAUCAUGUUGUUGACGUUGAUUCUGUGACUAGUGGCGGUCCUCAAAGUGCUCAGUGGAUGCAUUACCAGCUCCCUUCAGUUCAGCCGCAACAAAAUGUGGUGCCAGUCUUCAUUCCAGGCCAUCACGUGGUCCAGCAACCGGUCCCAAUCAUCACGAGUCCCUUUCUGGAUUCAGCAUUCGGCGAUGCCGCGCAGAUGACUGUUUCGCCCUCCUCCUUGUUGUGCACAUUAUCGGAUACCCCAACCCCGGGGCGCAAAAGAGUUGCCCCAAGAGAUGUGGUGGAGAAGACAGUGGAGAGGAGGCAAAAAAGGAUGAUUAAGAACAGGGAAUCUGCGGCUCGGUCUCGCGCCAGGAAGCAGGCGUAUACACAAGAGUUGGAGAUUAAGGUUUUGCGUCUAGAGGAGGAAAAUGAGAGACUUAGAAGAAAGCUGGAGGCAGAGAAAGUGUUGCCAUCCGCACCGCCGGCUGAGCCGAAGAAUCAACUCCGAAGAACUAGUUCAGCCCCACUUUAACAGUGUACCAUACGUGACUGCUAAGGACGAGAUUACGCCUAACCUCCGUUGUUUCUUUGACUGACUUCAGCAUGUUGAUCUCCUCAAUUAUUUCAAAGCCGAUGCUUCCAUGCUCUGCCGACCGCAGUUCAAACUUCUAGGAUUGUGCAUUUUCUUCCGCCGGUUGUAAUUGUCGUUGGCGUCCUUCUAUGGUGUUUACUCUGUGUACAUUAAUUAUGAUAACCCAGUUUAUGCAGCAUUACAGAUCCCCUUGCUUCUCAUGUCGCUGCUCCAUCGAUCAUUCUUCUCCUUUGUUUAGAGCAGGCUUGUUCAAUGUACUUUGCAUAGGUAACAAAACUGAGCAGAAGAUUGCAAUCUGGAGUAUCUUUUGCAGAUUUUAUGCACAAGAGCCAGAAUGACAAUUCAUGCUGUGUCAUUCGCAUUGUUGUAGAAACAGUGUAUAUCUGAUCUGAGCCGUUACUUUUGUUUUGAAGAUACAUGUCAAGUUUUAUCGGUUUUA